CCCCCGGCGGCGGCGCGGAGAGGAGCGGAGCGGGCGGCGGUGCGGGCUGCGCUACCACCACCACCAGCAGCGGCGGCUCUGCGGGGCCGCGCCGGUCUCAGCCACCCCCCAAGCUCCUCUCCAGCUCUGCCCGUCCUCCCCCUUCCCGCCCCCCCCCCCCCGUUUUUAUUCGCCCCCUCGUUUUGUACCAGCAACGCCGCCCCCCGCCGCCCCCCCCCGCAGCAAGAUGGUGCAGAAGAAGUCGGAAAUCCAGGGGUUCCACCGCUCCUUCAAGGGACAAAACCCCUUCGACCUGGAGUUCGACCAGUCCAACCACCUGGAGCCCGUCUUCAACUUCGAGUGUCCGUCCCGUCCUGACAUGCCUUCAAGUCAACCCAUCGACAUCCCCGAUGCCAAGAAAAGGAACAAGAAGAAGAAGCGCUGCAGAGCCACCGACAGCUUCUCCGGCAGGUUCGAAGAUGUUUACCAGCUGCAGGAGGAGGUGCUCGGGGAAGGGGCCCAUGCCAGAGUCCAGUCCUGUGUCAACCUCAUCACCAACAAGGAGUACGCAGUGAAGAUCAUCGAGAAGCGCCUGGGCCACAUCCGCAGCAGGGUCUUCCGGGAGGUGGAGAUGCUCUACCAGUGCCAGGGACACAGGAACGUCCUGGAGCUGAUCGAGUUCUUUGAGGAGGAGGAGAGGUUUUACCUGGUGUUUGAGAAAAUGAGAGGAGGCUCCAUCCUGACCCACAUCCAUCGGAGGCGCCACUUCAAUGAGCUGGAGGCCAGCGUGGUGGUGCGGGAUAUCGCCAGCGCCCUUCACUUUCUGCACAACAAAGGAAUAGCACACAGGGAUUUAAAACCCGAAAACAUUCUGUGUGAGAGCCCCGACCAGGUGUCCCCGGUGAAGAUCUGCGACUUCGACUUGGGGAGCGGCAUCAAGCUGAACGGCGACUGCUCCCCCAUCUCCACCCCCGAGCUGCUCACCCCGUGCGGCUCAGCCGAGUACAUGGCCCCGGAGGUGGUGGAAGCCUUCAACGAGGAGGCGUCCAUCUACGACAAGCGCUGUGACCUGUGGAGCCUGGGCGUCAUCCUGUACAUCAUGCUCAGCGGGUACCCCCCCUUCGUGGGCCACUGUGGCUCUGACUGCGGCUGGGACCGCGGCGAGGCCUGCCACACCUGCCAGAACAUGCUGUUUGAGAGCAUUCAGGAAGGCAAGUACGAGUUUCCUGACAAGGACUGGGCGCACAUCUCCUUUGGAGCCAAAGACCUCAUUUCCAAGCUGCUGGUGAGGGAUGCGAAGAAGCGGCUCAGCGCGGCCCAGGUCCUGGAGCACCCUUGGGUGCAGGGGUGCGCCCCGGAUAACACCCUGCCAACCCCCAUCAUCCUGCAGAGGAACAGCAGUGCCAAAGAGCUCACCUCCUUUGCUGCUGAGGCCAUCGCUGUCAACCGCCAGCUGACCCAGCGUGAUGAGGACGAGGAGGAGGAGGAGGAGGCACGACCCAUCAUCAUCAAAGCUACCUCAUGGGCCAUGCAGCUCUCGCCCCCCUCUGAGUCCAAGCUGGCCAAGCGGCGGCAGAAGAGCAGCCUGGCCAAGGCAGUGGCUGCGGGGCAGCACCUGGUGGCCCCGCUGGUCCUGGUGGCUGACCAGGCUUGAGCCCCGUGCCAUUCCCCCUCGUCCAUGCCCUUCCCAGACUCUCCUCUUCUUCUCUCCCCACCCCUCCCAGCCCUCCUCCCCAAAAACCAACACUGUUUCUAGCUGGUGACAAGAUCAGGACUCGUCCUGUUGGCUGGUUUCCAAGGUUUUGCUGAUCUUGUAGGGCUGGGGCUGGGAGGGUUUGUUUAAGAUCUUCUUUCUUUUUUUUUUAAAGGUAUUAAAUCAAGUGUGAGGUUGCUUCACCCAGGGCACACUCAAGGACAUCUGACAGACACAUGGACUUUUGUUUCUUGACUCUUGGUUUCUCCCCUGACAUUUUCCCCACCCCCCCCACCCCCCUGCCCCAACACCAAAGGACUCUUUUUAUCCACGGCUGCUUUGACGAUUUCAGCUCAUUUCAUACUGUGAACAAAAGCCCCUCGGUCGUGUUUCCAACAACAGUAGCAGCACUUUAACCUCAGCUCCCUCUGGAGCUGCAGGUUACCCCUGAUGUUGGGGAGGGGGCACGCGGGGGGGCCCCCAUCCUUUCCUGGCUGCGCUUUCGGGGACACGCUGGCAUCGUGCAGGGAACUGCGGUGGCCAGAGGGGAUGGUGCUGGUGUGGGAGCAGCAUCCCAUCCUGUCCCGCUGCCUGAAACCCCAGCUUGCAAACCUACCCCCUCCCCCCCCCCCCCCCCGGCAGCCAGCUUCCAGAAUAAGCUAUUCACUCACUUUAUCCUUUUAAUUUUUAAUUGUUAUUGUUGGUUUUAAACUGCUAGCUGUGCUUCUCUACAGGGCACAGAGAAAUGUCUUCCUUUCCACCCUCGCUCCGGCAAGCGGCUCCCGGGGGUAAGGUCAGAGCAUGGGGAGAUGCUCGGGGUGGCCCCAGUGUGGUGCUCCUGCACUGGGGGGGUUUGUGCACCCCUGAUUUCAGAGCAGCUGGAAAACCAAAGGAAAACAACCCUUUGGGAAUAACGGGGUGCUCCAUGGAUACAAACAGGAACCCCCCUUACGUAGGGACCUGCUGCAGGGCGGCACGACCCAGCCUGGCUUCGGGGCUGGCCCUGAGGCUGCGGUGGCAGAAGGGGGUGCCCUGGGGGUGGCAGCAGCACCCAAGGGUCCCCGCGGGGUUCCGGGGCUGGAGGGUUUGGGAUCAGGGUGACAAUGGUGCAGGGUCUGCAGGGCAGCUGGGGAGAACUGGCUGCGUGCAGUGGUGGUCACAGUGCGCGUCUGUGCCUCCCACGGACCCUGCUGUGGGAAGGCAGGGGUGCAGGCAGGGGGAGGACUGGGAGAUGCUGGAUCGAAAAGCCCACACGUGGGGUCAGAGCCAGCUCCUGCAGCUAGCGGCUGUCCCCGUGUCCUCCCCCCCCAUCCAUUCCCCUCUGAGCACGGGAAGGGAGGGUGCCCCAUUUGUUUGCAGUCUCCCCUGUCUAACUCAAUGCUUGGAGCUUCAUAUUGUCAUAAAAAAGCAACCUUGACCCAUCAUGUGCACAGUGAAGGUUGUGGGAGCUCGCUUUGAGCCACGGAAGAGAUUUUCCCGGGUCUUUAGCUGAAGACAGUCGCUGUCUCCAGGGGUGAGGGGGAAGUUACCCUUUUUGUUUUAAGACUGCUGACAGCAAUACUAUGCAAUACGUGUUGUUUUUUGUUUCAGGGAGGUGUGUGUGAGUUAUCUUGGGAGACAAUGAUCGAGGUGGCGGUGGUGUUUUGGGCAGGGACCGGCUUUUCUCGCCCACCCCAGCCCUUCUGCUGAAUAGCAUCAGCGGGCUGGGGACAGCAGCCCACCCCCCUCCCCAAAACCACCGUGCCCCCCGAUCCGCCCUCUCCCUUGGGUGCCCGGUCCCGCUGCUCAGGUGGGAACCCCUCCGGAGAGGCCUCCUUUAAAGGAAAAAAAAAAUUCCAUCUUGAUUGUACAUUACUUUUUAUAGCUUAUUUUGUUUUAUCAGUUGUAGAUAAUUCCUUGUUGUCUUAUAUUAAGAAAUACUUGAAUGAUGUACAGUACGCGAUGCCUUGAGCUGGUAUUGUGAAAGCUAUUGUUAAUGCUGCAUGCCGCAGCCUUUUUUUUUUUUAAAAAAAAAUCGUGGGAUGGGGAUGUUGGGGGAUGGCUCUGAAAUUUUUGUCCCCCCGUGCUUUUGUUGGCAAACAGCAUUUCCCCUUCUUCCCACAUGCAAGACCUAUAUUUUUAUGUACAUGCACUCUUCCGAAGGCUCGCCGGCGCGUUUUGGCUCGGGGUUUGGUUUGGUGGCGUGGUUGCGGCGCGUGGCAGGGUCUCUGUGUCUGUAAGGAUGUUCGAUGCCUCUAGGCCUGGGGGGUUGCCUCUGGAGCACCUCUGGCCCUGUGGGUGCUUGGUGGCAGCAGCGAGCACCCAUGGGUGCUGGGUGCGAUGCUUGUGCCAGGCAGAUGCUUCCCUGUGCUGUGUUCUGUGCCCAGUUCCCCAAAGCCCUUUGGUCUCCCCCUGCUCGUGCAAAGCCUCCCCCAUAGAGCAUCUGUCCUGGAAACCAACUUCUUUUUUUUCUUUUUAAAGCUGGAAACUUUAAGCGUUUUGGCUCCCCCUUCUCCCCCCUUUGCCCCCUCCCCUUCAGCCAACUAACUCGACUUAGGACUGGUUAGAAACUUUUACUGUGAAGCUAACUUUUUUUUAUCGAAAUAGGAGAAACUUUCUCCACUUUACAAUUGAUGAAGACUGCCAAAGCUGGUUCGACAAGAGUCACGUUAACGCACUGUUGGUUUGUACACAGGCAGCCUCUGCUCGGGGGCUGGCUGGAAAAUAAAAAUGAAAACAAACAAAAAAAAAUUAAAAAGGAAAAAAAAACAAAAAACAAGCACUUUACUGUAUGUACCAGGUGAACUGAUACAGCUGAAUUGAAGUUUUCCUUUAUAACAAUUGUUGAUGCCAGAAUUUUGUAUUCUGUUUUGUAAGAAUUUAAUAAAAACGCGUUGAGACCUA